UCUAGCGUUUUGAUGCUGAACUGUGCUCAAUUGGACAAAGUUUUUACAACUAUGUUCGCCGCAGAGCUCGAGUCGAGGAAAUCGCCGUGGUCACCUGUGUUAGUGCAUGAGGGUAAUUUAACGAAGGGAGAGGCAUGCAAUUUUACCCCGCCUGAGAUUUUCCCUCUCUCCGCCGUGGCAGGGUGCUGUUGCCUAUGCUCUCGCGCAUUGUUUCGCUCUCUAAUGGCGGACAUGAGGCAGUGCUACCCUCGGACUGAAGGGGGCAAAAUUAUUUAUCAGUUAGGAAAUAUUUCUUGUUUUUGUGCUAAUUAGUAGUUGUAGGGUUAAUUUUCGCGUUGCUUGCUAAACAGGUGGUUGCCUAAACUAUGGAUGGAGAUUUGGAGGCCAGGGCAGAUGUUGAGGUGGCAGGUACAGUCACUGGGGAGAGGGAGGGUCAUAUGGAAACCACACCCACAAUUGAACCGACUCCAUCUGUAGAAGAGCAGCAGACUGCAGCAGAUGUGCCUAAAGCCUCGGAAGAUGAUGAUGAUGUAGUAUUAGUUGAAGAGCCUCCUGCUCUCUCUCAUGGGAGAAUACAGACUGCCAGCCCCUCCGAUUCUAACACACCUGCAGAGACCCUCACUCUUGCCAAAGACUGUACAGAGCUGGCUACCACGGCAACAGCUGCCUCUAUGACUCCCAGUCCUCCCUCCUCUACAGCUGCCACCUCAGCCGUAUCUACAACAUCCAAAAGCCAGAGCGAGCCAAUCGUUAUAGACGAUGAGGAGGAUUCAGGUGCUGCCUCUUCCUCCUUGCCGACCCCUCAGGCAGAGAGCAUGUUAAGCAGCACAGAACCUGUCUCUGAAAUCAAAAUCGCUAGCGUUACAACGUUGGGAGCGGACUCUUCGGCGGUUACCAUGACAACAUCAACAGGAACACCCCUGUGCACUCAAGAGGAUAUAAACCUCAUGAUCACAAAUGUGACGUCACUGAAGGGCAAGGGUGUGGUGGCAUCGGCUGGGUUGGAGAAUUCGGAGGAAGCUGAGAACAGACUGCAGAUUAGUAGUGCAUUCAGCCUGAAUCCAGAGACCCAGCAGAACCAGGGUGCAGCCAGCACACCUUCACCCACGUUCAACCCAGGACGUGUUAACUCUGGCAGUCAGCCUGUGCAGAAUGGAGAAACGGGGAUGCACCAGAGAUCUGAUUCAUGGAUCUCCCAGUCGGCCUCUUUUCCACGUAACCAGAAGCAGCCCGGAGUGGACUCUGCGUCACCUGCAGCUCCUCUCCCCAAACAACCCUGUCAGUCCUCCUCAGGAUCCCAGCAGCCCCAACGCACUAUGAAAGUCACAUGCGCCAACUGUAAGAAGCCUUUGAAGAAAGGGCAGACUGCUUACCAGCGCAAGGGCUCAUCCCACCUCUUUUGCUCGACUUCCUGCCUAUCUGCCUUCUCCCACAAGCCCACUCCCAAGAAGAGCUGUACAAUGUGCAAGAAAGACAUCACAAAUAUGAAAGGAGGCACCAUUGUGGCCCAGGUGGACUCAAGUGAAUCAUUUCAGGAGUUUUGUAGCACUGACUGCCUGGCAUCUUAUGAAAACAAACAGAAACCCCAGAAGAACCAACUCCAAACUAAGUGCACUGUCUGUGGAAAGCUCACUGAGAUUCGUCAUGAGGUGAGCUUUAAGAACGUAACCCACAAGAUCUGCAGUGAUGCAUGCUUUAACCGUUACCGUAUGGCUAAUGGGCUCGUCAUGAACUGCUGCGAACAUUGUGGGAACUACCUGCCCAGCCGUGCCACAGCAAACUACUUUUUACUCAUCGACGGUCAGCAAAAACGCUUUUGCUGUCAAAACUGCAUCAAGGAUUAUAAACAGACACAUGGGAAGAUGGUGCAGUGUAUUGGCUGUAAGGUGAUGUGCAGAUCUUUAGAUGCCACUCAGUGUAUAGGGUCAAAUGGAGGCAUGGAGUCUUACUGCUCAACAGCCUGUAUGACCAAGAGCAAGUUUGCAUCUUCUGCACAGAAUACAGAGCCAGCAUGUCAUUUCUGUAAGAGAAAUGCAUUACCUCAAUAUCAGGCCAAUCUGCCUGAAGGGAAGGUUUUGAGCUUCUGCAGUUCACAAUGUGUCACAAAGUUCCAGAAUGCCACAAUCCAAACAUCAACUAAUGGGCAGCCUCCUGCUUCAGCUUCUGAAAACAUCCAGCUUAAAUGCAACUACUGCCGUGGCUCCUUCAGCCUGAAGCCGGAGAUACUGGAGUGGGAGGAUAAAGUAUAUCAGUUCUGCAGUAAGGCCUGUUGUGAGGACUACAAAAAGCUCCACUGCAUAGUGACGUUCUGUGAGUUCUGUCAGGAGGAGAAGACUCUUCAUGAGACUGUAAAGUUCUCUGGGGUGAAGAGACCCUUCUGUAGUGAAGGUUGCAAGUUACUGUUCAAGCAGGAUUUUGCAAGUCGUCUGGGCCUGAAGUGUGUCACCUGCAACCACUGCACUCAGAUGUGUAGGAAAUCUGUCACCAAACAGAUAGAUGGUGUCAGCAGGGACUUCUGCAGCGAAACAUGCGCCAAGAAGUUUCAUGAGUGGUACUACAAGGCGGCACGCUGCGACUGCUGUAAGGUGCAGGGAAACCUGAUGGAGUCUGUGCAGUGGCGUACAGAGAUGAAGCACUUCUGCGACCAGCAGUGUCUCCUGCGUUUCUACUGCCAGCAGAACGAGCCUAACAUGGCCACACAGCGAGGCCCUGAAAACACAGCUUUUGGGCUUGGAGGACCAAACCAAGCAUCUAAGAUGUUUACUCAAGGUCCUGUAUCAUAUGCUGGAGGAGGGAUUCUGAAGGAUGUGAAGAAUAAAGCUGUGCUUUGUAAGCCCCUCACCAUGACCAAGGCCACUUAUUGCAAACCCCACAUGCAGAGCAAACCACUACAAACAGAUGAGGUGGACCAGGAAGGGAAAGCAGAAAAGGAGUAUAUUCCUGUUCCUAUUCCUAUUCCUGUUUACGUCCCAGUACCCAUGAACCUCUACACUCAGGCCACCCCUACUCCUGUUGCAAUACCUUUACCGGUGCCUGUGCCAGUGUUUCUGCCCACCACACUGCAGAACGCAGAGCAGAUUGUGAAGGCCAUCAAUGAGCUCAAGACCAAAGUCUCCUCUGACCUUCUGGAAGCUGAUCUGGCUGCCAUGGCUGAGUUGAUUGCAGGGGAUGAGAAACCAGACUGCAAAAUAAAAUGUGAAAAAAGCUGUGAGGAAGUGAAGACUGAAUGCAUAAAACAUGAACAUGUCAGUAGCAGUUCAGAAGAGGAGGAGGAGGAAGAAGACAAGUAUGAGCCAGAUUUGGACCUGGAGAAGGACCUUCCACUAGCAUCAGAGCCUAUCCUGGUUGAGCGGCUAGAUGCAGACAAGCUCUUCUCAUUGCCUCCAGUCAUGUCUGAGGAGGAGAAGACACCUCGAACCAGAACUAGGAGGAGGGGCCAGAAGAGGCGGGCUGUAGAGGAAGAGUCUUCCUCCUCCUUAUCCUCAUCACCAGCAAUAGAGUCUCCAACAGCAGACUGCUCCUUUCCAUUGAGCUCCAGGUAUGGCUUAAAUGCAUGGAAGAGGUGGGCCACAUCUGCAGCCUCACAGUCCAGCGAGUCCAACGAAAACGAGAGACAGAUAGAAGUUUGUUUAAAAGGCCGUCUCCAGUCGCUGAGCCCAGAAGAGCUGAAUCAGUCUUUAUCUCGCUUCAUCAGAGAGAUGCGCCGACCCAGUGGAGAGUGCUAUGCCCCGGACAGUAUUCUCUACCUUUGCCUCAGCAUCCAGAAGCAUUUGCAGGACAAGGGGAGGACAGAUGACCUUUUCGGUGAUCCACAAUAUGACAUGUUCGGAGAAGAGCUGAACAAGCUCCUCAAAGACUGGCAACCCACUGUUCUUCCUGAUGGUUCUCGGUGGGGCCGUGUUGAGGAGCAGUGUCUAUGGAGCAGCGGGCAGCUUGGGGAGCAGACGCCCUCCAUCCUGCUGAGAUCUCUUCUCUAUCUCAACACCAAAUACUUUGGUCUCCGCACCAUCGAACAGCACUUACGUCUCUCCUUUGGAAAUAUCUAUGGCCCCAACAGUUCCAAACCACACAGCCACGAGACCACCGUUUGCAUACUCAUCCCCUCCAUCUCUCAGAAGCAGCAUGAGCAAUCAGGAAGUAAGAGGCGGCGUAAAGACAACUGUGACUCAAACUUUGAGGCAGAUGGUGGUUCAGGAGCAGAAGCUCACUGUCCCGUUAUGAAACAUGAAUGCCGACUGUAUGAGCUUUACCUUUCAAAGUGCCCAGAAUCUGUGAGGCAGAGGACAGACCUUUUUUACAUGACGCCAGAAGUUUCUGCUUCCUCAGACAGUCCGCUAUGGUUCAGCUCGACUCCUCUAGAGAAGAACACACUGGCUAGUCUCCUAACUCGAGUGCUGCUGGUCAGAGAUAUCUAUAAAGAGAAUCAGCUCGAGGAGGAUGAUGUGUAGAGGCCGAUGCAAUGAGGACUUCUUACUAUGCUAUCAUUACACCCAGUGCAUUGCAAACCAGCUGCUUUCCAAGUCACACCCUGCCACUCUCGCUUUAAACACACUGAUCCUAGUGAGACAGCUGUGAGCUAUGAGAUGUUGUAAGGCAGAACACUGGUGGGAUUAUGCUGAUUCAGGUCAGUCUUUCUUAAGGAUCCUGACCCUGAAUGGAGUGGCGGAACUCUGGAAACACGACCUAAAGAAUGCUGCUUUUUUUUUUUUUUUUUUUUCGGUUUUUCAUUUUGUUAAUUGAAAUUUUUUGGAAACUUUUGUUCAAGUAGCAUUACUUGUGUGGCCGCUGUGGUCUGUAAAUAUUUGUAGUCUGUUAGCAGACAGGUGCAAAGACACAGGAGCAUUUGUCCUGCAAGGAAAGUCAUGGAAUUCAGGACGAUUUUUUUCUUCUUCCCGAACUUGGACCCAGCAAGGCCUUCUAAAGAUGAAAUUUAUUUAUUACUGUUGGUUGAUGUCUGUUAAAGAGCGAGUCUGAGAUUUUCUAACAGCAGAUCAGGGGAUAUGUUUGAUGCUGUGCAAUUUCGCUGGCUUCCCAUAAGAGCAUUAAAACCUGCUGCAGUCCUUGACCUCCUUUUGUGUGAGUGUGUGUUUAUGCAUGUAUGUAUGUGUGUGUCUUUCUCCCUUUUUUUGUUGAUUUGGAGUGGAUUGGAUAGGAGCUGGUCUUACAUCGCCAAUAUGUAACUGGUAUUGAACCUUUUAAGUGUGAAACUAUUGAGCUGUUAAGCUUGUAGUCCAGAAACCCGGAAGAGAAUUCGCAAUAGGUUUUCUCUGCAUUUCUUCUUCUUUCUUUUUUUUUCUUUUUUUUUACAUUUUCACUAUGUAACACAAUUUUUGUUCCUGGGUAGUAAGUGUUAUUUUCUAAUUGCU